AUGGUCACCCCCAAGAACCAGCAUGUGGUAUUAGUCAGCGGAGAAGGUGAGAAGUUCAAAGUGGAUCGCAAGAUAGCAGAACGUUCCUUACUGCUAAAGAACUACUUGAACGAUAUGCAUGAUAGUCACUUACAAGAUACCUCCGACGAGGAAGAGGAAGAGGAAGAGGACGAUGAUGAAGAUGAUGAGAUUGUCAUGCCGGUCCCCAAUGUCAGAUCAUCUGUCUUACAGAAAGUCAUCGAAUGGGCAGAACAUCAUAAGGAUUCUAACUUCCCUGAUGAGGACGAUGAUGAUUCCAGGAAAUCCGCCCCUGUGGAUGCAUGGGAUAGGGAGUUUUUGAAAGUGGACCAAGAGAUGCUAUAUGAGAUAAUCCUGGCAGCAAAUUACUUAAACAUAAAGCCAUUGUUGGAUGCCGGAUGUAAAGUGGUCGCAGAGAUGAUUAGAGGCAGAUCUCCUGAAGAGAUUAGAAGAACAUUUAACAUUGUUAAUGAUUUCACCCCCGAGGAAGAGGCUGCAAUCAGACGUGAGAAUGAAUGGGCCGAAGAUCGUUGA